AUGGCUUCAAUUUUCCUUCCUUUCUUUUCACCUUACCUAUUGCUUCUCCUACCUCUUGUUGUCGCUCAAAGUAGUGCCGGCGGUAACAUUCGGGUUGGCAGCUCCAUCGAAGCAACUCGGGAUGCAAAACCAUGGGUUUCUCCCUCCAGUGAUUUCGCCAUGGGAUUUCAGCAACUGGAAAACGAUAAUGACCUUUUCCAACUCGCCGUAUGGCAUUACAAGAUCCCAAGACGUACCAUAGUUUGGUACGCAAGCGGAACUAAACAAGCUCCAAGAAGAUCCAAGGUCGAGUUAACCGCUGAUCGAGGACUGGUCCUCACCGAUCCCAAAGGUCAACUGAUAUGGAGAUCCGAGUUCGCCAUCGGUGAUGUUUCCUUUGCAAGAAUGAACGAUACAGGCAAUUUCGUGGUUUACGGCAGUAGUUCCGAGCCCCUGUGGGAGAGCUUCGAGAAUCCCACCGAUACGCUGUUACCGAAUCAGGUCAUCCAAAGGGGUGGUAAGCUUUCUUCUCGGCAAAAAGAGAACAACUUCUCGAAGGGAAGAUUCCAGUUCCAGCUACGUGAAGAUGGGAAUGCUUUGCUCAAUACAAUUAAUAUUGAAUCCGAGUUUUUUUAUUUUGCGUACUACACUAGUGGUACUGAUGAUCAAGCAAAUAAGACGAAUUCGGGCUAUCAAGUGAGGCUAGAUGAAGAUGGUUCCUUUUACGUACUAAGAGGAAACAACCAGAGACAUUCACUCAUCGGAGAAGAUGAUGGUGUUCAUUCUGCAGAUUAUUAUCAUAGAGCAACCCUAAAUUUUGAUGGAGUUUUGACUCUUUCUAGUUAUCCAAAGAAUCCCAUCAGCAGCAAUGUAAACUGGAGUGUUCGUACCACCAUUCCAGAUAAUAUCUGCAUUACAGGAUUUAAUCGGUUCGGUAGUGGAACAUGUGGCUACAACAGUAUCUGCACGCUUAAACCAGACAAAAGGCCACAGUGUAAAUGCCCACGGGGCUAUUCUUUAUCCGAUCCGAACGAUGAGUUUGGUAAUUGCCGAGCAGAUUUCAUGCAGGGCUGUGAAGCUGAUCCCCAGAGUUCUCAUGAAGGUUUAUACGAUUUGGACGAACUACAAAACACGGAUUGGCCGACUUUCGACCAGGAGGUGAUUAGCCCUUGCAGUGUUGAUGCCUGCAAGGCUUAUUGUUUGCAGGAUUGUCUUUGUACAGUGGCAAUAUUCAACAAUGGCAAAGACUGUGUGAAGAAGACCCUGCCACUUCCUUAUGGGCGACAGGACAGACAAGUGAAUACCAUAGCCUUUGUUAAAGUACGUAAACCUGAAUUUGCUCACGGAAAUCCUCCGAUUAUAUCGACGGUAUAUGAAAAACGGAACCGGAAUUCAUUGACAGUUCUGAUUUCAGUGCUCUUAGGUAGCUCUGUGUUUGUCAACUUUGUAUUACUUGGUUUGUUAUGCAUGGCAUCAUCUUUCUUGUACCACAAAAGGGUUUCAAGAAACCACAGCAACAAAAAUGGGAUACAAAGCAGCUUAAGGUGUUUUAGUUACAAGGAGCUUGAGGAUGCCACUAAUGGUUUCGGGACAGAGCUCGGAAGGGGAUCAUUCGGCAUUGUUUAUAAAGGGGUAAUCAAAUCAGAUUCUCAAGAUCCGAUCGAAGUCGCGGUUAAGAAGUUAGACAGGGUGGUUGAGGACACAGACAAGGAAUUCAGAACUGAAGUGAGUGUGAUUGCUCAAACACACCAUCGGAAUCUAGUCAAGCUGCUCGGAUAUUGCGACGAGGGUCGAUAUCGAAUGCUGGUAUACGAGUACAUGAGAAAUGGGACAUUAGCAAGCUUUCUAUUUGGUGAUCUGAAACCAAGCUGGAACCAAAGGACACAAAUUGCAGUGGGAAUCGCUAGAGGACUCUGUUACUUGCACGAGGAUUGCAGCCCCCAAAUAAUCCAUUGUGACAUAAAGCCUCAAAACAUACUUCUCAAUGACUACCACGAGGCUCGGAUCUCUGAUUUUGGGCUGUCGAAGCUUUUAGGCAUCGACCAAUCGUUUACCAACACUGCCAUUAGGGGCACGAAAGGGUAUGUAGCACCCGAAUGGUUCAAGACCGUGCCCGUGACCGUGAAGGUCGAUGUGUAUAGCUUCGGUGUCCUGCUGCUGGAAAUCAUUUGUUGUAGAAGAAAUGUAGCAAUGGAUGUUGGUGAAGAAGAGAGAGUGAUUCUGACAGACUGGGCUUGCGAUUGCUUCUCGGAAGGCGUUGUUGACGCUCUUGUCGAGAACGACGCAGAGGCCUUAAUGGAGAAGACGAAGUUGGAGAGGUUUGUAAUGGUUGCUCUUUGGUGCAUUCAAGAAGACAUCUCUCUCAGACCCACCAUGAAGAAAGUUUUGCUAAUGCUUGAGGAAAUGAUUAUGGUUGCUCCUCCUCCAUUGCCAUGUCCAUCAUAUAUGUUGGCAUAG